AUAUGAUUUAUGGUUUGGUGCUUAAAUUGCUCCAUAACCAGUUGAAAAAAACAUUCAACUAAAAGGUAUUGAUGUUAGUAAUUUGAACAAAAAUGUAGAUGAAAUGGACUAGGCAAAUGAAGAUUAAAUUGCCAAGAAUGGGCGGGAAUUGUUGGGACUGCAAUGUAUGUGGUGAGCCAGCUUCCAGUAGGUGUUCAUCCUGCCUGUCUGUAGCGUACUGUAGCAGAGAACACCAAAAAUGCGACUGGACGAACCAUAAACCCAACUGCCUCUCUUAUGAGAUCAAGAAUGAUGCUGUUAUCGGGAGAUGCAUAGUUGCCAAAAGGUUAAUAAAAAAAGAUGAGCUGGUUCUAAAAGAAAAACCUUUAGUAAUCGGACCGUCCGGUACGACCGGGCCCGUUUGCCUGGGAUGCCACAACAAUCUCCAGCCGGAAUCGUGCCACCCUUGCCAAAACUGUGGAUGGCCUCUAUGUUCUGAAAGAUGCAUGCACUCCCCUAACCACGAACCGGAAUGUAAAUGGGCGGAAGAAAAACGAAAAGAAAAGGUUAGAAUAACGCAAUUUAUCUGUCCGCAUCCGACCUACGCUUGUAUAACUCCGUUGAGACUUCUCUAUAAAUGCAAGAAGAACCCAUCGGUCGGUGACGAGGUGUCUGCUUUAGAGUCGCACUGUAAAGACAGAAUGACCGACGGUAAAUACGAAGAGGACAGAUUCGCCGUGGCGAAACUUCUGAAAAGGUUUUACAAGCUUGAAGAAUUCAGUGAAGAAGAGAUUAUACGCAUCUGCGGCGUACUGCAGAUCAACGGCCACGAGGUACCUUUGAGUGAGCCAGGUCAUAUAGCCCUGUUCCUCAAAUGUUCUAUGUUCGAACAUAACUGUAUACCGAACUGCAGCAAGAGUUUCACAGAAGACGGGGGCGUCGUUAUCAGAGCGGUGAUGGACAUCCGGCCAGGGGAACAUCUGAAUAUUUCCUACACAGAUCCUGUCUGGAACACGCCCAGUCGGUUGAAGCAUUUACGCUUGUCGAAAUACUUUUCAUGUAGCUGUCAGAGAUGUUCAGAUCCAAGUGAAUUUGGGACCAAUUUUUCCGGCAUCUCUUGUUCUGCUCCAAAUUGUAAAGGCGUCGUUCUUCCUGAAACUUUCUUGGAGGAAUGCGAUAACUGGAAGUGUUCCUCCUGUCUCAAACCCGUGCCUUCUUCGACUGUGCUUUCGGUCCAAAUCCAAGUCGCCGACGGAAUGGGGAAAGUCAACAAAAGCAGUAUUAUGUCCCAUAUUAACUUCAUAGAAAAAUUCAAAUCAAAAGUUCCUCAGAAUUUUUGCCAUUUGGUCGAGGUGAAACUCACACUGGCUCAAAUUAUAGGCCAAACGUCAGAGAAAGGAUUGAGAGCUGUCGAUAAAAACAAUCUCGACCUCAAAGAGCAACUUUGCAGAGAACUUCUGGAUCUCUCUGGAAAGUUGUUCCGAGCGGAAUGCAGGAUUUUGGGGGUGCUUCAUUUCGAACUUCACGCCGCCAUCGCUGAGAAGACCCGAAGAGCUAUCGAUUCAAAAUCGAUCAACACCAACGAAAUGCAAAUGAAAUUAAUGGAAUCAAAGGCCCAGUUGGAAAAGGUGAUCUCCUAUUUGAAAUAUGAGCCGGAAACUUUGCCAGAAGGGAAAAUCUACAAACAAGCAAUGUCCAAUUUAAAAGAAUUGAACAAUCUGUAUAAAUCGAUGAAGACAAAAAUUUUGUAAAAUUAAAAUAUUUCAAAGGAUUUCGGCUCGAACAGGGGAGGGAUUUUACAGCCCAAUGAUAUACGAGGUCAUAAUUACACGGAAUCACACGACGAAGGGAUACGUAGGACAAUGUCACCUGUCAAUUCAGAACGGAGAGGCGGUUAACGGGCUGAUGAUGUAUUGACCAUCCUUUUUCAAAGCCCAUGCCAUUAUCAAUCUUGCGAACUGCACAUCGUUUGUAAAAAGUAAUUUUGCGGAGUUUUCAUCGCAAAAAUCACAGAAAAUGCAUGCUUUAGAAAAAAUUCUCUGAGAUUCAAUAAUAUUGAUUAAUUAUCCCAAGUAAGGAUUAUACCCUACUUAUACUGUAAGGAAAAAACAAAUAUAAUUCUAUUUUCCCAAUUUA